AACUGAAAUAAAAAUCCAUAACUGUCCACGUCAAACUAAAAUUACUAAACGAAAAAAAAAAAACAAAACGCCAUAGAAAAAUAUUUCUAAAAUUUUGCAAUGUUAUCAAAAACAUAAGAAAAUGAGUGCGAUUUUAAAAUUUAUCCGUGAUCACCAUAUCCUGGCUCAAAUAGAACAGGCUAAGGCCAAAAAGAAGUCUCGGCUGAACUUAAACUCGCACGAAAUCGUUGAUAUUCCGGACCUCCUCUAUGAUUGUUGCGAAGUCCAACAUCUUUAUUUACAUUCGAAUAAAAUAACAACACUGUCCCCUGAACUCAUGAAUUUGGUAAAUGUGACGACUCUGACGCUAGAUUACAACAACAUAUCCGCUUUGCCGCCGGAAAUAAAGAACCUGAAGAGUUUGGUGAACCUAAACUUAAGUUACAAUCCAUUGAGCAUUCUCAUUCCUGAAAUUGGUGAAUUGGAGAACCUUGAGGCUUUGUGGUGUAAUAGAAUAGGGCUCCGGGAGCUCCCGAAGGAGAUUGGGAAGCUUCAGAAGCUGGACACGCUCGGGGCGCGAGGCAAUGAGCUGAAAACAAUACCGGAAGAAAUUUCAAAACUAACAAAACUCAGAUGGCUGACCCUGGAACACAACCACAUAGAAGAGGUCCCAGACUCGGUCGGGGACCUGCAGUCACUUGUCCACUGCAACCUGAGACAUAAUCAGGUGCAGCAGUUCCCCUCUGCCUUGUUUAGGUGCAAGGAGCUCAUGUUCUUGCAGCUGAAUGAUAACCAGAUCUCCCACAUGCCAAGUGACAUAUACGACAGCUACAUCGCGUCCUCAGUUAUUGAAUGCAUAGACAUGAGAGGGAACCCAGUCUGCGAGCUGACUCGACCGGAGCACCCAGCCAUUCGCUACACAGAGCUACAGCACGCGCCGCGCGCCGUUGUAGCUGCCGGGAGCGCCGCGCCGCGCGCAGACCACCGCGACCGGAGCCCCAGCAACGUAGACGUGGAGUCGUCAUCAGACGAAUCAUCAGAGGACUGGGAGAACAGCGUGACGAGUUCCGAGUUGGACGUGCAGUACCAGAACGACGAGGAUCGGCUCGAGAAUGAGCUGGCUUUGUUUUUUCAGGCCAUUGGACUGGUGUUGCCAGAACUAUCAAUGUUCGCAUCGAGCGCCAGCUGAAUUUGCAGCUGGCAACAUUUGACAGCUAGUUUUUUCUGGAGAAGGUUUUGGCAAAGGUAUACAAAUGGCGAUCUCCAGUCUACAUAUUUUUCUUCGGUGUAAUGUAGUUAGGGACGUUAUAUAGUGCCAGAAGAAAAGACACUGUUACAUCGACAGUGGUCUAAAUGGUAUUUUAAGCCGAAAGUGGAUAUCUGAGCUCGUCAUUCUCAUCAAUUUCAAUUAUUUUAAACUUUAAGGGAUUGGAAAUAAAAGUAUGGCCAUGCUGAAAAGAUGCUUAGAUAUCAUUAACCUAGCCAACAAAGUUUAUAAUUAUUAAACUCUAUGGCACACAAAAACGUUAACAUUUAGGCGUAAGUAGGGAAAGUGAUAGAUGUUCUUCUUAGCUUGUUGGUGACUAACACUAGACCUAGGCUAGUGAAGAAUAAAGAAAAGUGAUAGGUAAUGUGAUAUACUGAGAAAAAAAUCAUUUGAAUUAGUUAAUGAAAAUGACGUGCUGAGAUUCCUUCGGCUUACUAUACGUUUUUUUCAAACAUCCUGUGUAUUCCAUUAUUCAUUAAUGUCUAGUCAAUGUUUAUAUUCAACCUAAAGAUCUGAUAUUCUAUAGUAUUAUAGUUCUAUUUUAUGAAAAUCCUGUACAUAUUGAAUGGUUAAAAUAAAUACUUACAUGAAAACAA